UAAAAACAGUUGAAAUACCAUUCUAAAUGACAUCAAAGCAGCCAAAUACUAAACGAUAAUGUUCGACUACACUUCAGAUGUGUCCCAUACAUAACAAAUGAGCCAGAUCAAACUUUGGGUUUUUCCUGAAGGAACCAGAAGAAAUAAUGGAAAAAUUCAUCCUUUCAAAAAGGGUGCUUUUCACAUGGCCAUUUCGAAAAAAAUACCCAUUAUACCAUUAGUUUACAGCAGAUACUACUUUCUAGAUGAUAACGCAAGACGGUUUGACUGUGGAAACAUUAUCAUCACUGCUCUACCGCAGAUAGAAACUAAAGAUUAUACCAUGGAUAAUUUGGAAGAACUAAUGGAGGAAGUAAGAAGCGUUAUGAUCAAAACGUUUAACGAAACAAGUAAAGAAGUUGUCAGUGACACCAUUUCUAACUCUAAUGUUGAUGUUAAUUGAAAAACCUGUAUUCAAAGUAUUCUAAACUAAGCAACAUUUAUUAACUGAUUUGAAAUAUCUUUUCACAAGAAAAUUAAUUUUUGAUUUGACACAAAAUCUAUUUCAGUAUGGAACCUGAAAUAUGUCAGAAAUGAUCUGUCCAUUGAUCAAAAAUAUCUCUACACCUCAUGAAAGUAGGUAAUAACUGUACCCAACUCAAGAUAUUUGCUUAGCAUUAUAUUGUGUAAGUACACUAUUUCUUAUGAACAUUCUGAUCCCAACAAAACAACCAUUUUUGUACAAAGGCCACUUUCUGUAAAAAAGUGAAUUGAUUAAUUGGUUGUUAGUUGUACCCUAUUGAUAAAAUGAAUAUGCCAUGUCAAUCGAGUUGUAGGCCAAUUUUUCAUAUGUUAGAACUGAAUUCCAUUUCAAUUGGUCAUUUUAAUUUUAACCCACCAAUCUUUGACUUUUACUUUAGUUUAAAAUUGUGCUAGAGUUGAGUGAUACUCUUAUUGAGUUUCAGAGUCCCUCAGUUUGAAUUGCUUUCUAGUCUUAUUUUUCAUAAAGUGCCAUACAAAUUGAAACUAAAGUCAAGUCGAUAGUAUGUGGUGUAGCCAGAGUUUUUCCGUCCAUCUAUAUACUCUCUUUAAAUUUUAUUACUUUAGGAAUAAAGCAAAUGAUUCAAAUAUUGAAAUAUUCAUUAAUGACUUGCUUUAAAGUGAUAUCAAUUCAUGUAAUUACUACUGAUCAUUUAAUUAGCUUUCUAAUACUCCCUCCUACUUAAGGAGGAAAUUUCUACUCUUAGUAAAAACAUAAUCUCCCAAUAUGUGUGACUGGUUGCUAUAUGUCGAGUUUCAAAUUGAAUAUGAUAUUUUGAAAAGUAUUAUUUUAUAUGUAAGAACGCACAUACAUCACAACAAUAUUUGCAAAAUAAUUAACUGUUUGUUAGGCAGUUUUGUAUGAAAAAGACAUUUCAAAUCAUAUUAAACUUUUCAAUUGUGAGCCAAUAAUUUUCAUUAGGAAUUAAUAAGUAUUGUUCAUUUAUUGUAAAACAAUGUGAUUUUUGUAUCUUUUGUAGAAUGUGUCAUGGAAGUAAAGUGUUUUUUCAAUUAUAUUUUGUAUUCAUACAUA